GAAUGAAGCUGCUGUCGGUUUGCUGUAUCUUUUGCCUGAUGGUGUGCAUCGCGUUUCCAGAUGCGGGUUCUCGGGUCCAAGGUUCCUCGGUGGAGAUCAGGAAUGCUGAUAUUGAUUCCUCUUGGUAUACUGGACGUGGAAUAAGGCCUGUGGGCCGUUUUGGAAGGAGAGGACUUACCUUGGAAAACAUCAGAAAAUAUGAAUUUGGCACUCGUCGUGUCUGCAUCCCAAUCCAAGAAAGUGAAGACUCCAACCAGGAUGAAUAAAAUAAAAUCCUGUCUGUAACUCUAUACUUACAAAGCCAACCUUAUAAAUUCUCAGCUUAUCUUCUGUAAUUGUGUAAUGAAAACAAAUCACAAACUAAUAACUAUCAAGCAUGAAAGUAUUAAAGAAAACAAUGUCCAUCUUGU